AUGUCUCCAGGUGACAGAGAGAGAAAGUCCCUAGAAGGUAGGGCUCCCGAACCCCUUUCUCUCCUUUUCCACCAGAAAUCCAUCGAAGAGCGACAUCUCCCAUCCCAGAUACUGCCUUCUUCCUUCUCACCACCGAGUUCGACAUCUGGGAAUUAUAUUCAAAGACUCCAACCAGGCUCCUCCCCUUUCUUUGCUAGCUCUCGGUCAGAUUGUCGUCCACGAGGAGCUUCUACCUUUUCCCGUCAAGGCGGUGCAGCAACAACCUCUCCUGAAAAGGUCCCUCCCCCAAGCACACCAGAAGCCCUUACCUCAUCUUUUGCCAAGUUUCCCUCUUCACCUCUUGCAAGUAAAGCAGAAGGCAAAAGCAAACACCUCUCUCGACGACCCACACAACCGUUUUCUCCGUCACCUCCCCCCCAGAAGGGUUCGAAUCGUUCCCUCUCUCGAGCACCAAGACGUGUAAUCCGGCCAGAUAAUUUCUGGCAAAAGGACCGAAAACAGUCACCCAACGGUCUCGAUCAUUAUCUUCCGCCGCCAGUAGUCCCGAAAUCACCUCUACGAUUUCUACUAUCAGUUUCAACCCCAGCUGGUUCUCCAACUGCAGAGUCACCCACACAAGAGACUCAAGAUUCGGAGUCUCUUGAAGACAGAGUUCUUUGGGAAAAGCUCUCGCCGCCUCCCCUUGUCGCCCGGAAGACCAGGGCUGCAACCAGCCCAGGGGCUCAGCCAAAGCCGGCGACCGCUAAUCCAGAAGCUCCAAAAACUGAUCCACCAUUAAGUCCCACUGUUAUCGCACAGCGACAAAGGGCACUCGAAAUUCUCGAAUCAUCUCCAGAGGUAGUUGACCCGAACCCCGGACCACAAAUAUCGAAAUUCGAAAGGCAGAGACGUCGAGCUGCGUUCAGUAUGGACCAUCUUCACCCUGACUCGGCUGCGGCCACUGGCAUGACUGCACACCGUCGUGAGGCGGUUCGCCUUGCAGAAGUGCAACAACGUGCCGUGCUGGAGAGAUGCAAAAGAUCCAAACAACCCGAGCCUGACUAUGCGUUUGAUGAGCUGAUAGGCAAAGGUAGCUUUGGCAGAGUGUACAAAGGCCGUCAACUAUCCACCAACAAGGUUGUUGCCAUCAAGGUUCUCGAUAUUGACGAGGCCGAUUUUCGUGCAUAUGGGGAGCAUAAAGAUGAACAAAUCCGAGAUUUCAAUCGAGAAAUCCGAAUAUUGCGUCAAGCACAAGAGAGCGGUGCCGAAAACCUUAAUCAAAUGAUCGAGGCGUUGCCAGUCCACAGCCAGCUGUGGCUAAUCUGCGAAUACUGUCCUGGUGGUAGUGUAAAGACCCUGAUGAGGGCUACUAACGACCGCCUCUCCGAAAGAUAUAUCGUCGUCGUAGCACGAGAAUUGGCAAAGGCUCUCAAAGGUUUACACGAAGCUGGCAUCAUGCAUAGAGAUGUGAAAGCUGCCAACGUCCUCAUUCAUCAAGAAGGACAUCUCGAACUGUGUGAUUUCGGUGUUGCCACUGUUCUUGACACCCGUACAGACAAAAGAAAGACAUUCAUAGGGACUCUGCACUGGAUGCCACCAGAGUUGUGGACUGAAAACCCAGAAUACUCAGAUGAGGUUGACGUCUGGGAAUACGGCUGUACCCUAUACGAAUGUGCUGUUGGGCGACCUCCCAACAGUGAUCUGCGGGAACGACAACAACUCAAAAUGAGAAUGAGACGGCUCAAACAAUCAAUUACUCUACCAGAAAAUGAGAACUUCAGCGACGGACUGCGAUCCCUGAUUUCCUAUACCCUCAACCCUGAUGUGUCCUCACGACCCUCGAUGAAAGAUAUUUUGCAGCAUGACUUCCUCCAAAACACCGAAGAAUCCCACCCUACAAACAUUCUCACCGAACUCGUUCAAACAUAUUAUGCCUGGUUAUUCGGCGGUGGCCAAAGAAUCUCCUUAUUCAUGCCUGGCGGCGCUGCGGCUGCUUCCGAAGAUCCUGAUGCCGACAUCGAUCCCGCCGAUGAAUGGAAUUUUAGUAUGACUCAAGAUUUCGAAAGACGAGUCUCGGCCAUUCUCGAAAUACCCGACCUUUCGGGUCUCUCAGCAAAUGAAACAAUGGAAGGAGAAGAAACACCAAAGGGAUUGACACGACCCAGUGGAGUCUCACCUUCGAAAGAAAUGACCGCUAUACAAAAGGCAAAUUUCGAAGCUCGAGUUAAACGAGGAGCUGAUCUGUCAAACAUUUUCGAUCAAAGCAAGCCCGCCUAUGAAUACAAAACCAAAACCGACUUCGUUCCGAUUCCUGAACAACGUCGAAUUUCAGACCUUCCCUUCAGAGCCAUGGCGGAAGACCGACCAAGCUCAAUUGCGUCAAAUGUCAUCGAUCUAGGAGAUUUUGACGAAGCCGACUACGCAGUCGCCGCCGCACCAAGAACAGAUGAUAAAAUUCAAACCACAUACGCGGCAACACCUCUGAGAGAAGAAACUAUCAGACUGGCCGACGCAUCUACACUUCGUGAAAAACGGGCGAAUUCCAAAGGACCCCGAGAACCGAUUGCACAAUCCCUAACCGCCAGACGGGCCUCAUCGGCUGAAGGUGUCCCCCGCAGUACGUCCGUGCAUGAUUUUGGAAUAUCUCAGGAGGAUUGGACGGUGAAGAGCAGAACCAAAGCACCCGAGUUACAAGAGCCGGCAGAAAUCGCAUCUCGCCAUCCGGGCCAUGCGACCAUGGACUGGUCAUUUGCAAAUGCCAUGUCAGAAGCAGCGAUACCGCCAAUCAAUAAACCUGAAGAACCGACCAGCACGCUGGCACCAUCUGAGAGCGCGGAAUUUGAACAGAAAGCCCAAAAACACGCAACGAUGGAUUGGUCUUUUUCCAGCGCGAUGGCCGAAGCCAAUGCCCAUAUGCCUUCUGAUCAAGUCAUAGAUCCAUCCCCUCCCACACAAUACACACGACCACCACCUACCCGUCCCGCUCCACUCACGCGUCAGAUGACUAUGCCCGUGACGAUUGGUGACUUUGCACAAGCUGAAGAGCGAGAAAUCCCACGCCCAUCAACGGCACUGUCUGAAGCAUACAGCGAUAUCAGUGCGACAUCCACGGACGUUGAUCCUUUUGGCCUUGAGCGUGACGAAGACGACCACCCAGGUCCGGCAACACUCGAAGAAGACGUGGCUGGAGGCAUGGGGGACUUUUACUCAGGUAGAGGACGGACCAUGCUGGGCGACCGCGUCGAAAAACCUUAUUACAACUCAUUCACCACAUCGACCCCGCUCACAGCAUCAGGACCGGCACCCUACAGUCUCGAUCGACCUGCGCGGAUUGACGAAGACGGAUUUCCCGGACCUUCGGCGUCGCGAAACCCAAGUCUUGCUGCGUCUUCUUCGAGGAUGCGUGCCUCCGGUUCGUCCGUUCUUUCUUGGACUUCCACGGCAACAGCGAUACCAAGCCGCUCUGGCUCUGUCGCCGUCGUCGAAGUCCCUUCUGUAUCCCCACCCAGUGACCGGGCAAUGGGGGCUGGCGCGUCAAACGACGACGUCGAGGCCGAACUCACCCGGUUGCUGGAGGGGAUGCAAGGGGCUUUGAACGCGGCGAGGGAGGUCGUGGGCGGUCUGGAGAGGAGGGAGAGGAGGGAGAAUGAGUGGAUAGAUGAGGAGUAG